AUGCGCCCUCAAGAGAACGGUGCGGGCGUCGACCACAAGAAGGUGAUCAACUACGAUGACGUGAACGAGUUCUUCUGGAGAGACUCGCGCUAA